GUCCAUGUGUUUUGGAGCCGGUGGCGACCAUGUUGUUACGAGUUCCUCUGUGCCUUUGCUGCGAUGCGGGUUGAAAGGGAUGCUCCAAAGGACGCAUAGUUCGGGGGUCAAGCUCGCCAAGGACCGCACCGUCCGGGUCUUCAGCAUCCAGCAGGGAGAGUUCUUGGAGAACAUGACCAUCGAAGACACAGCCUGGGUCGUGUGCGUGGUGAGCUUGCCGAAACCUGCCGGCGCAUUCAUCACGGCCAACGCCAAUGCUGUGCUCCAGCUCCGUGGUUCCAGCGUGAAGCAGCAGAAGGUUAGGCUUGACCACUAUGCGCGGUCGAUGGUGCUCGUGAGCGAUGGCAAGCGCCUGCUGGUGGGAACGAGCCGUGGUCGCAUCCAUGCCUUCGAUGUGACCCCACAGGGGCUCGAGAGGCUCGAGAGCCAACAGAUUGGGAACACCGCCCUGACCUGUUUGACGCUGGCGCCUUGUGCGGAUGCCCCGCCCUUGCUAGCAGCCAAUUGCAUGGCCCAAAACAAUGCCAUGGACAACACAGUCUGCAUCCUCCAGGCAAACAAGACCAUCACGAACUUCACGGUGCUCAAGCGCUUCGCCAACCCUCACAGGCUGUUACCCCUUCGGUCCUGCCACGUCCCUGGUUGCGCUGAUACGGGCGAG